UCUCUGGCUUUAAGGGUAAAAUGGCGUCCUCCUGUGUGCACGUAGGGCGACAGAUACACAAGACAGGCAGAAUAUUCCAGCGGGGAGCCAGAGAUAUACUGCAGCGAAGGUAUGUUGGUCUGGGUUCUGCAGCCUGUCAGCAAUCUGCCGCUGAAGUUUCAGGAUCUGCAGAGGAAAUUGUCAUUCCAAGAAAGAAAACAUGGAAUAAAGAAGCUGUGUUACAGGCUCUGGCAGCCACUGUAAACAGAGACCCAACUGCAUCAAACUAUGUAUUGCAGGACGACUCCUACCUCAUACCAAAUUCAUAUGCACAGUUUAAAUUGUUCACUUUAUCCAAGGAAUCGGGCAGAAAUACUGCUAAAUAUUUCAUCAAUACCUACCCCAAAUAUUUCCAGAAAGACUUUGCAGAGCCUCAUAUUCCAUGUUUAAUGCCUGAGACUCUGGAGUUGGAGAUAGAGGAAGUGUCUGAGGCGGCUCUUAUUGAGCGUAUCCAGCUCAGGAAGGUGAAGGCGGCUGUAGAUAUGUAUGAUCAGCUGCAGCAGUCAGGCACACCUUUGUCAGUGGAUCUGACCAACGACCUGCUGGAUCUGAUCUGUCUGUAUGGAGAUCAGGACCCGGCACCAGAGCAGGGAAGUGACUACAUGGGGGAGGACCAGGAGGAUGUGAAAAAGAAAGAAGGAAUUCCACAAAGAGACUCUGGCAUAUCUAGGUGGAGGGAGAACAAUAAUGCCGAGAGGAUCUUUCACAUAAUGCCAGAACGUACCAGACGUUCGUAUGGUGCUCUGAUCCGAGGAAUGGUAAAGUAUGGUGCUUACUCCAAGGCUUUUGACAUGUAUACGGACAUGCUGAACAAUCGACUGACAGCUGACGUGCACAUCUUUAAUGCCCUCAUCACUGCUGCCCCAGAAGUCAGGGAGCAAAUCCAAGAAAAAUGGGAACUGGUCCUUAACUUGCUGAAGCAGAUGGCUAAGCAGGAUGUGAAGCCCAACUUGCUGACAUUUCAUGCAGUUCUAAGGUGUCUACGGCGCUCCAGGCAUCUGGCCAAAGUCUUUUCAGUAUUCAACGAGAUGAAGGCCCUUGGCAUUGCUCCCAGUUUGGCCACCUAUAAUCUCAUUCUUGGCAUCGUCUAUAAACAAGCCUCCUUUGCUAAAGGCCACACAGAGAUUCUUGAGAAAGUGUUGGAUGAGAUAUCAGGAAAGAGCUUCACUCCCCAGGACCCAGAUGAUGUGAAAUUCUUCAUAAAUGCCAUGAGAAUUUGUCAGGAGGCAAAAGACAUAGAACUGGCUUACAAAUUGCACAGCGUGGUUGGAGUCGGGGAGAAUUGGAAGCUGCUGGGAGAAUCAUACUUCCAGAACAUAUACUACUGGCGAUUCUUUAGCUUGCUGUGUAUGAUGGAAAACAUCGAUGUGGUGCUGAAAUGGUACAAGGAGCUCAUUCCCUCACUUUACUACCCCACUGCUCAAGGAAUGAGAGAUUUUCUGCAGGCGCUCGACACUGACAACAGACUGGACCUCAUUCCUCAAAUAUGGAAAGAUAUUAAACAGAUGGGCUAUGGCAACAUGAGUGAUAUGGUAGAGGAGAUACUUUCCCUUAUGGCCCGUGAGAAACAAAGCCCAGAGGUGCAGCAGGCGUUUGCGGACUGCGCUCUGGAUAUUAAGGGUCAGUAUAUGACGCAGAGUGGGCCGCUGACGUGGUCAGGCAUCUCUCUCAGGUGCAUCACCUCAAUUCUGCUGGCAGCUGAAAGGACACAGCAGGCCUGGGAAAUGUUGAAUCUCUUCAAACCCAACAAUAGAGUUCCACCCGAAAGCCUUAUGAAUGAUUUCCUGGCCUCUAUAAAGGCAAGCAACAAGGCUCAACAGGCUGUGGAGCUGGUUCAGAUUUCAGCUAGCUUCUGCCUGCCAGUCACACCAAGUCUCAUUGAGAGGGUACAGCAGGAGUUUGAGUUAACUGAGGAGCAGAGGAACGUUUUAACGGAUCUGGAGUCCUCCGCAGAUAUGAGUGAUUAAAUCAGAGGAUUGUGUCAUUUUACUUGUCAUCAAAAUCAAAUAAAGGUCAUUAGUAACUGGGAUCUGUAUUUUGAGAACUUAUGAACAAUACAAAUUAAACUUGAGAUGAAUCUGUAAAUAGAAACCAGUAAAUAAAAACAAACUAAAAUGCUGGCAUGCUAUGUUGUGGAUUCAGUCAAGGACUAUUGUAUUCCCUGGCAUUCUGUAAAGAUUACUAAUAAAAUGUGGUCUGGCAAUGUGACAAA